ACUUUGUGUCCUCAUUCGAUUCUUCUAAACAAACCCGUGAUGGUGAAACUAACUGAGCUUUAAUGCCCAUCACUAUCAUAUCACUGCCACUCCUGUAAAUCACGGGGUCUCCACUUCAUCCUAGAAGCUUUCCGUCUUUUUUUUUCGGGAUUGUUAGGUUCUCUUCUCACUGACAUCACUAACGAGAGGAUAUGAAGAAAUCCCCCGCUCUCCUUUUUGGAUUGUGCGCGGUAUAUCAGGCUCUGGGACUCAGUCAUGAAGGCUCAGGGGCCAUGUAUCCCAACAGCAACAAUGAAGUUGUGCGUGAGGAGAUAUAUUACACUCCAGAGUUGGACUAUAAGUAUCCCAAUUGGUGUCAGACGAUGAAGCUACACAAUGGGCAGAUGAGAUGUUCCUCCCCACGAGGUGGGAACUCUCGGAAUACAUUAGGCACACAGUGUGCACUGUCCUGUGAUCGGGGAUAUAAACGUCUGGGGCGAUCAUCUAUACAGUGCAUGACUAACCGCCGCUGGUCAGGAACUGCUUACUGCAGAAUGAUGCGUUGCCGUGUGCUUCCUCACAUCCAGUAUGGUACAUACACCUGUAGCAGGAGCUUUUUGGUUUACUCCAGGUGUGACUACUCCUGCUUUCAAGGCUACCACAUUGAAGGGGACCAUUAUCGUGUUUGUCAGGAAGGGGGUAUCUGGAGCGGUGCAGAGCCUACUUGUGCAGAUCAUGACCCCCCCAAACUGAAAUGUCCUUUAUCCAGAAUGAAGGUAGCAGAACCAGGAAAACUUACUGCCACAGUGUCCUGGGAACGUCCCACAGCCACCGAUACAGCUGACAAAUCAAUGAAGAUUUUACGAAAUGGACCAGAAUCAGGCUCCGAAUUUAGUGAGGGGCAGUAUGUAAUUCGCUACAAAGUCUACGACCAGGCCCGGAACAUGGCCACCUGCAAAUUUACAGUGCAUGUUGAAGUCAGGAGAUGUCCUGUGCUGAAGAACCCACUACAUGGAUACCUGAUCUGCUCAUCUGAAGGCAAUAAUUAUGGAGCGGUGUGCGAGUAUCACUGUGAUGCUGGUUAUGAGAGGCAGGGCCCCUCCACCCGUGUGUGCCUGUUCAACCGCAGCUGGUCAGAUCAAGCCCCAGAGUGCAUUUUGAUGCAGAUCAAAACUGACAUCAGGUCUGCUGGUGCCCUGCUUGACCAGUUCUAUGAAAAGCGGAGACUCCUCAUUGUAUCCACACCAAGUGCAGCUGACCAGUAUUACAAGCUUCAGAACAUCAUGCUGCAGAGAGCUGGAUGUGGUCUGGAUCUUCGACAUGUGACAGUGAUUGAACUGAUAGGAGUUCCACCUCGAGAAGUGGGCCGGAUUAAAGAACAAUUUCUAGACACAGAGGUCAUUGAGGGUCUCAGGCAGGCUCUACGGAUCACUCGAUCCUACUUCAACAUGGUGUUGCUUGAUGAACUCGGUGUAGACCGGGAACGUUUCAAUAACCCCACCACCUCAGAUGAACUCUACACUUACAUUGAGGAGUACCUUCUCGGAGAGGAGGAGCGAGAAAGGCUGCAGCUAAACAAAGACCUUUGUGACUGAGCCAGAAAUGAUUCACUUCACAUAAACACUAAAAGGGGCCAUGAACAACAAAGCUGUGCUUUGUAAGGCUUCUACUGGAGGUUUAGGUUGUGUUACUUUUUCUCUCUCUCUCUCUCUCUCACACACACACACACACACACCUUACAGAUGUUUAUAUUGUGGCUGCAUAUCUAAAUACUGGACUGGAGGUCCUUUUCAUGGGUUGGGUUUUUAGACAUGAUGCAUUUCAUGAUCCCCAGCACCUUGUACAGAUCACAACUAAACAGGAAUAGUGCAAAUUAUAUAUUUAUUAAGUGAAUUGUACAUAACUGUUUUUAGGUGUGCAUUGUAGUCAGGACCUACAGUAACUGAGCUUUCCCCCUCCAUUAGGCAGUAAAUAAUUAGUGUUGUACACACGUUUAGAUUUUUGCAACUGUACUCAUUUAGGAGGAAUGUCAAUAAAGAUUAAGUUUUGUGCAUCA